AUGUCUCUCAGUUCCAAAGAAGGUUCGCCCACAGGGGACUUAUCCACCCCUUCCUCUCUCCAAGAUCCUCAAGAAACGUCAUCCUCAGUCGCAUCCGCUGCCAACAUCCUUCGAAGCCUUCAAGGCUUACAACAGGUCAUGGACGGCCACCACGCCAGAGGCCUCGACCGUCUUCCCGCGGGAGACGAUCCUUACGGAGAUGAUCAUGUCGAAGACGAGUUAGAUUUCAACUUCAGCUCACCUGAAGACGUCCCCCGAACGGAGGAGUACCGCCAACAAUUCACAGAUGCCGACCAUCAACGCAGCACUGCCUCCCGAGGCCACUCUGUCACCUUCAUCUUCUCCCCCGCCGACACUGGACGCAUCAACCGAUGGUAUGAAGAAGACCAAAGGGUGACGCUCUUCCAAUCUACCUCACCCACGAAUCCCGAUGGAGAAGAGGAGGGAGAUGAGGAAGAGCAGGUGAUGGCGGGUGACGCUAUCAGGGGACAGCUUUCCCCGAUGAGAGAGAGAACACCUCUGAUUUGGUCAAAGAUAGAGAAUGCGUUGAGUAACGAGGUGCCGGAGGUAUUGGACGAGGACAUGACGAUAGACUUUAGGUCUGCACCCACCCCCAACGGUGCCAGUACCGAGAUCCAAUAG